AUGAGAAUGCCCGAAAAUCCUCCGAAAAAAAAUCCUGAGAUCGAUGAAGAAGAAAUACAAGAAUUGAUGGAUUACAGGGCUCGACUCAUUCAAGCUUUGGCUGAACAAAAGGAGUUGCAGGUAAGUACUUUUCAAAAAAAAAAGGUUGGGAGGGAGAAUUUUUCUGGAAUGUCAGAUCUUUUCAGCUUCGACUUCAACAAGAAAAAUUAGAGAUGGAAAGAAAAAUUGAAGAACUGCAAAUGCAAUUGGAAAUUCGCCGUUUGAAGUUGGCUCUUGAACAAUUGAGCAAAGAAUGGGAAGAGUUAGAAAAACUCAUGCAACAAUCUUAA